GGACGAAGCAAGCUGUCCAGGGCAGGAUGCCCUCUCUGUACCCCCCGACACAUUAGCGGGAGUGCGCAGUGCCAGGCCGGGCCAGCAGCAGUCGACGCAUCAUCGCACGUACUUUACGCACACUGGAUGAACGGGGGCAGAGACCCUGCCGAGGAUGAUGCUUAUACCGGCUGAGAAGGGCUUUCUCUCGGGCUUUAUUUAACUGGUAGCAGUGGUCCGGUCGCUGGUACUGGUGUAAAAUGCAUUGGAGCAGACCGGGUGUGCUGGUCGGCCUAGCGGAGCUCGGCUGCUGCUGCUCGCCUUCGCCUCUCCCAUUUCUAUUCUAGUACUUUUUUAUUGUAGCUUUAUUAUUUCCAGGUCAAAAUUUCAGUUUCCUGUGCGGCUUGUUUGUACUAAAAAUGGCCGGAGAUGGCGGCGCUCUGAAGGAUAUCAAUGAGAUUAAAUCCCAGUUCCGGACCAGAGAGGGCUUCUACAAGCUGCUCACCCUCUCGGACUCGCAGCAGCGGGGCGGGCUGCCGCGGGGUCCGUCUGCCGGAGCCACGCUGGGCCCAGGGGCUGGACCCGGUCCGAUACCCGGCGGAGGGGUCGGUCUGCUGCAGGGGCCCGGGGCUGCCGCCGCCUCCUCGUCGGCUGCCGCCGCCUCCUCGUCUUCCAAUGCCGCAGCCAACUCCUCUCCGGCGGGUUUCUUACCGCCGGUCCGGGUCUCUAUGGUCAAACUGCAGCCAGAAGACCCGAGCGAGGAGUCGGAGCGGGUGUGCUUCAACAUCGGCAGGGAGCUGUAUUUUUACACGUACACCAACAUAAAGAAGGCUGUAGACCUCAGUAAGCCAAUAGACAAGAGAAUCUACAAGGGGACUCAGCCGACAUGUCACGACUUCAACCAGUACUCCGCCACAGCAGAGAGCGUGGCUCUCAUCGUAGGAUUCUCAGCUGGACAGGUCCAGUAUCUCGACCCAAUCAAGAAGGAAACCAGUAAACUCUUCAAUGAGGAGAGGUUGAUAGACAAAUCCAAGGUGACGUGUCUAAAAUGGCUUCCCAAGUCGGAGAACCUGUUCCUUGCCUCCCAUGCCAGCGGCCACCUUUACCUCUACAACGUGGAGCACCCAUGUGGCACCACGGCCCCACAGUACUCUCUCCUGCGUCAGGGCGAAGGCUUUGCUGUCUACGCCUGUAAAACUAAGACACCACGCAACCCGUUGUUACGAUGGGCCGUGGGUGAGGGAGGCCUCAACGAGUUCGCUUUCUCUCCGGAUGGUGUGCAUGUGGCGUGCGUGGGCCAGGACGGCUGCCUGCGUGUCUUCCACUUUGACUCGAUGGAGCUGCAGGGGGUGAUGAAGAGCUACUUCGGUGGACUGCUGUGUGUGUCAUGGAGCCCCGAUGGGAAAUAUCUCGCCACAGGCGGAGAGGAUGACCUGGUUACCGUCUGGUCAUUUGCAGAAAGCCGUGUGGUAGCAAGAGGUCACGGCCACAAGUCCUGGGUCAAUGUGGUGGCAUUUGACCCCUUCACGACUUCUCUGGAAGAUGAGGAGCCUAUGGAGCUUAGCGGCAGUGAGGAAGACCUCCACCAGGGGGCACUAAAUAACUCCAUGCACUUUGGUCGGGUUCGAACGAGCAGCACCUUGUCGCGUCUUUCUCGGCACAGCUCUAAAGGUGGUGGUUCGGCGUCGGUCACAUACCGGUUUGGCUCAGUGGGGCAGGACACUCAGUUUUGUCUGUGGGACUUGACGGAUGACGUUUUAUACCCACGUCUGCCACUGUCCCGCGCCUUUACUAACACUUUUGGACCCUCGCUGUCCAACUCUGGCAGCGGUGUGGUCAACAGCACCUCAGGUGUGGGAGGAAGUGGAGGGGUUGAGGGUCACCAUCACCCUCCGAACACUAACACCGGCACCUCCAACCCACCAACGCUCCCCUUACCGCUUCCUCGCUCCCUUUCUCGCUCCAAUUCUCUGCCCCACCCCGCCGUGGCAAAUGUCUCCAAGGGCCAGGGCGCCUCGGAAGGCGGCGGGGGAGUUGGAGGAGGCGGAGGGAGCAGCAGCGGAGCAAACAUCACCCCAUUCAGCAUUGGCCGUUUUGCUACGCUGUCACUCCAGGAGCGCAAGUCAGACAAGUCCGGUUGCAGCGGUGGGGUGGAGAAGGAGCACAAGAGGUACCACAGCCUUGGCAACAUCAGCAAAAGCAACGAUAAGAUUAACGUAGCGCCGAGAAGCAACCGGCUGGACGCUGCCAAGGUCCUGGGCACCACGCUGUGCCCACGCAUGCAUGAGGUGCCGCUGCUGGAACCGCUGGUGUGCAAGAAGAUUGCACAUGAGAGGCUGACCGUCUUGGUGUUCAUGGACGACUGCAUCAUCACAGCCUGCCAGGAGGGUCUCAUCUGCACCUGGGCACGGCCGGGGAAGGCGAACUUGACUGCACAGAACGGGAACUCUCCGAGUGGAACAGUGGUAUAGCUGGAGGAGAAGCUUUGCACUCAUCCCUCCCUCUAUUUCCUCCCUCAAUCUGUGUCGUCUCCCUCUCCAUCUAUCUUCAAAAAUGUCAAAUUAGGGGCCAGCAACCAGAGACCGUACCCUACCCACCACUGCAGUAUUAUAGCCUCAAUAUAGCCCUCUGUACUUGCCAUGACCCAAACCCUGUUCCCUACUGAUUUUACUCUCAUGGCGGGCAUUUGGGUGGGAAACACUUGCUGAAUGAUUGUUACAUGAGCUAUGAAACUAAAAUAACUUAAACAGAUUUAAGAAGUCUUGGGAUAGACUUAAAGUUACAAAGUCGGCAAUCUUGGGUGAUGCCCCUUAGUUCCAGUUAAGAGAAGUUUUAAUACUAUGGUAUACAAUGAUUUUUUUGUGUUUUUCCUACUUAGCAGUUUGGGGAAGCAACCCAAUUUCAACCUAAUGGUUCUCCCAUUUUGGGGUGGAAGAACUUAAUUGGCCUGCACAGAUUCCUGACCUUCACCACAUCCAACACCUUUGGGAUGAACUGAAAUGUUUUCUGCAAGCCAGGUUUUUAUCACUCAAUGUCAGUGUCCAGUCUCACUAAUGCUCUUGUGGCUAAAUGGGAGAAAAUCCCUACAUUCAUGUUCUAACAUCUGGUGGAAAGCCUUUUCAGAUGCGUAGAGGACAGCCAAAUAAAAAUGUAGGGUGUUUGUUAGCAGUCAUCCACUUUAAAAACUAGAGUUUGUCCACAGCCCGUUUAACCCGGUUAGGUUAGUUUCACCAGUCAGUUUAAUGGUUUUAAUGACCAGAAACACGUGACAUGAACUUUAGAUUUAAGAUGCAGAACUUUUUCCUUUACAUUUGUAUUAAGAAAUCUGAAAUGGUAAACGUGUUGUAAUGAUGGUCAGCAGUAGGGCAGUCUUCAGAGAGGGUUUCCCACCUCGUGCCACUGUGGGAAUAAAAAUGUAUUCCCAGUGCUUCUGCCUUCACUUCAUCCCUGAGUGUUGUUCUGCAGGAAAACUGCAACAAACAAACAGAAAUCUGCAACAAGGAGCAAACAGCAGACCAGGCUCAGUCUUCAUUCGUCCUUCGGUCCCUCCUUUGUCCGAUCCCUCCAAUUUCCCUUUCAUGCAAAAGACACUGCAAAAGCCACGGCCAUUGUAUUUAAGUUAUUUAUUUUAUCACAAGACUGUGUAGUAAUUUAUAAUGUAAAUACUGAAAAUACUCUAUAAAUACAAAAAGGACAGAAUGACCUGACAGCAAGGAGGCGAAGAAAAAAAAGGAUAAAUGAAGAAUAUUAAUAUAUGAAGAGAUCCUUCUAUUGUACAUAGCAACCGCAUUUAAAAAUUGAAUGUCUGCUGUUUUAGGGAACAUGAAGAUGUCAAUGUGUUUUUAUUUUGUGUGAUAGAGUUUCUCCAGUUUGUCCCUGAAAGCGAGCUGGGGUUAAUCCGUCGAAUGAGGCGGACGCAUUUUGGGUCUAGUGGGACUUUUUAGAGAAACCGACCCGACUCGAGCACAGAGAGAAAUCUUCGGACUGGCUGCUAGCUGUACAUGUCAGUUAGUAGGUCCAAAUAAUACCAAUUCUGCUGAACAUCAUGUGUGAACAAACCACAUAUUAAUGAAUAACUUGCUCACAAACAAACACACACACACACACACUUGCACAUUCCAAACAUAAAACAGCUCACACACACACACACACACACACACAAUCCCCUUAUGGUGUAGCAUCAUAUAUACUGUGUCUUGGACUCCAUUCCUGUUGCACCUGAAUUGCCUCUUGCAAGAAUUUGCACAUACAAUAAAUCCACAGUCCAUCCUGAGCUGCCAUGAAUGACAGAAGGUGUUGUUGUCUUGUUUGAUCUGACCUCUGUGCAGAAACAGCUCAAAUAACCGUUCACUGGAUAUAUUUAGUACAGAGGAUAUAAUAGGUGUACAUCAUUUUGAUUCUGCUUAUCGAUUUUGGUGCUUAUUGAAUCUUUGCUCAGAUUCUGAACAUACUGUUAGAAUAAGAAAAGAAACCAAAAAAUGUUCCAAGUAAAAACCUAUUUUAUUUACCAUGUUUUUAGCAGUUUUGGGCUUCCUUCCAUAAAAACGACCACAUUCAUUUUAUCAUUAGUUUUAGUUAAAGGGGAAGAUAAAGUAAAAAUAUAAAUUCUCCCUCUCUUGACAUGCGCACAUUUGUCUUUACUGGAGUUGGAUGUGCAAAGAUUAGCUGAAUUUUAUGCAUUGCAAAAAAUGACAGUGGACAUUAAAAACUGCAUUGUCAUACCAUGCUGCAUGAAACGCUUAAUCAUAUUAGAUAAACUUCAUAGCCUGACGUCAGCUGACUUCUGUUUGGCAGGGUUUGUUAGUUUGCUCUUUCGACACAGAAGCUGCAGUGGCGGUUUGUCAGGAGGUUAAUGUUUCAGACAUCUGUACCAAUACAAUAAGGUACCAGAGGAUGGAUUUACUGACUAUAGUGAUCCCCUGAUUUCAUCUGGUCAGAAUUAUCAGUAUUUGGUUUAUGACCUGCAAAACCAGCGGCAUCUAAAUAGUCUCACAGAGCUGUUAGCAUGACUAUAGACUCAUUUUAGAUCCCUCCUACUUCCCACCCUCUGAUUGGCUCAGCUGUUAUUCCAAACAGGGAAUCAGCCAUUAAUGAGCACAGCACCAGAUCAAUUUGAAUCCCUGAAAAAGAAACAAGCGACAGAAAAAAAAUAUAUUCUGGAACCAGUCUUCCUCCUGCAUGAAAAUAGACCUAAUGUGGAUUUCAGGAAUCGAUAAGUGGAAUUGAAAAUGAAUGACUAAUUAGUUGUUAUAAAUCUGGAACUGGUUUGAGUUCAGAACUAGUUCUCCAAACUCAACCCUACGCCUCGCUGAUAAUCAACACACCAAACCAUUUCUGUCUAUGUCUAAACCAUCAACCAGAGAGAAAGGGCUACUGAGGUGUUUCUGAACAGGAUCUUUUUUUUUGUUUUCUGUUACUUUUAACAUGCUUCUUAUUUUGGGCCAUAACAAACAACUGACUUCUGUCUUACAUGUAUGAACGCUCACAGUGCAACGUACCGGCAGUUUUUUUUUAUCAGUCUUUGUGCUUUCUUUUGUGUCAGUUAUAGAGUUACUUUUCUGAUAAUACAUCCUAUAAAUAGCAGAGCAUAUUGGAUCUGCUCUCUUCAGAUGUUAAAGGAAUAAUUCACAAAAUGAAAAUGAUCUAAACCAUAGAUUGCCCUUCACCAAAAAACAUAAGUAUUAACAUAUUGUUUAAAACUUUGAAUUUCUCUAAACAGGUUGUGCAGUUUAAUCUAAGAGUUUUAUAGUCAGAUGUUUUGGUGCAGCUGUCUGAUAUUUAACUUGUUAUCUCACAGACACUGUUCACACCCACUAACCCACUUGAAAUCCAUUCUCAUCAGUGGACGCCACUAAGGUGUGAAUGCACCCUGAAGUAACCCCUCAGGCCACAUCUACAAGUGGCCGUUGAUGCGUUUGUCCACAAUUGUUGUGUGUGAAUGCAAAUGUGUUCCUGACUGAAUUAAAGCCAGUAUAUUAGUAUGCAUACAGAAUGCAAAACCUUCCAAACUCGGUGCAUACUUUUUACAUUUUAGGCUUCUUUCUAAGAGAUGUAAACAUUUGGGUGUGUUGAACUUGGGUGAAAAACAGGUGCCAACUAACUGAGAAAACAAAUACUUGACUGAAAUAUUUUUAACAUGUUAUUUACUUGGUGAAGUUGCGAGUGCUAUACAAAUGUUCUCAGGCACUAGAAAAACAAACGAGAUAUAAAAAGAAUGAUCCUGCUCCUGAACUGAAGGGCUGAAAUAGAAGCGAUCAGUCGGUAUAACUGGCUGUGUUUUGCUUGUAUGUUUCUAGGUCACACUUACUUGAACGCUCAGUAUUUCAAACAAAUAGAAGAUUCAGAGGGGUUUGUGCUAUAAAUGUGUCAUCCAAGGAUUUAUGUUAAUUUUCUGUUUUUAUGGCUACAAGAUUUUGUUAGGUUUUGUAAACUCAUUUGACGUUGGAGCAAAGAUGCAUUUCUUCUUUUACUUCUGACUGCUGAGGCAGAGUGAACAGAGUAAAUAUUAGACAGAUGGAAGAGGAUAGUUUUAGUUUUUUGCUGUAGAGGCAUUAGGAAUAAGUCUACUCACAGACUAAUUAGCAGGGAACUGAACAAAAAGCUGUGAUCACAGGAGCAGCUGGAGCUCCACCUGACUAAAUUCAGUAACUCUCCUCUCACAUCUACAAAUCGCUGCGUCCAGACUGUUUGUGAGCAGAAACUACAAACACAAACAGUGUUGAGUCAAAUAUGACAAAUACCUGAGCCAGCAAAGUUUAAAAAAUUCUUUAGGAUGCCAAAGCUCAGACUACGUUUUCCUCUCAACGCCUCAUUCUGCACAGAAACAAACAUUCACAACCAAGAGAACAAAAUCAUUUUAUAUGUUCAUUUUUAUUUGAGAAUGGCCGUUUGUUUUAAGGGUUGUUUUUUCAUUUCUUAUUUCUGUGUGUGUGUGUGUGUGUGUGUGCAUAUGUUUGUGUGUAUGUGUACAAUAUGCAUUCUCUCUUAUCACCAUACAGUUACCACAUGCACCGACCCACACACACAUGCAGCAUCACACACGCUUUCACACACUUAAUGCCUGUUCUGGUGGAAGUUAUAACGGCAGAAUGACGUCACUGUAUCCGGUUUGUAUAUGGAGAUCUGUUAUUAAAACGUUAAACCUGAAA